ACUGCUCAGGCUUGCUGGUGGCUGCGUGUCGCUUGGUGGGACGCGCCUUCAACGCAGCUCCUUCUCGCAGCCGACCGAGCUCCACCGCACACACUCGCAGCGGACGGGGGCCCGCGCAGCGAGAGGGAGGAGGAGGAGGAGGGGGAAGACGAAUUCUCGCUAAAGUAGCUGAGACCCCCAAAACAACUGCCGCGCCAGGAGAGAGCGGCCCCCCUCACACCAAGGGGACCCCGUCGCCUGCACCUGAGACCCCCCCCCCCCCCUCUGCCACCCGUGCCGACCUUGACUCACCCGGCCAGGCUACCGUGACCGCCUUGCUGGCACACGGCACCUGCGAACCCACGGGUUGGUGGUGGACCUCCUGGCACCACCCUGAAGCCGGGCCACGCCAACGCAGCCCUCGGGGCGCGCCUCUGGGGCGGCCCGGAGCAAUGCGCCGUCGCCCGCACCUGCAGGGAGCGCUGCUGCUGCUCCACGCGUGCGCGCAGGUGUGGCCCAAUGUCGCUGCCGGGCAGGCGGUGGGGGGGGCUUUGCCGGCAGCAGCAGCAGCGGCAGCGGCGGCGGCGUCGGCGCUUCGUCGCCCGUACUGCGAGUGGCCGUGCCGCUGCGCGCAGGGGGAGCCGCGCUGCCCCGUCGGGGUGAGCGCGGCGCUCGACGGCUGCGGCUGCUGCCGCGUGUGCGCCAGGCAGCCGGGCGACGUGUGCACGGAGGCGGACACGUGCGACCCUCACAAGGACCUCUACUGUGACUACUCGGGGGACAGCCCGAGGUAUGAGAUAGGAGUGUGCGCACACAGCGUCGGCGUGGGCUGCGAGCUGAACGGGCAUCGCUACUACAACGGGCAGAGCUUCCUGCCCAGCUGCAAGUACGCGUGCACCUGCAUCAACGGCGCGGUGGGCUGCGUGGCGCGCUGCGCGCUCAGCCCGCGGCCGCCAGCGGAGCGCUGCCUGCGCCCCCGCCUGCUCAAGUCGGCCGACCGCUGCUGUGAGGAGUGGCACUGCCUCGACUCGAAGAAGGUGAAGAAGUCGGCGCCCAAGGCGCUGCUGCAGAGCAAGCCGCGGCCAGUGUUCCGCGGCCACGGGAAGCAGUGGAACAAGAACUGCCUGGUGCAGAGCACCGAGUGGAGCGCGUGCUCGCGCUCGUGCGGCGUGGGCAUCUCCACGCGCAUCACCAACGACAACCCCAGCUGCCACCUGCUCAGGGAGCGGCGGCUCUGCCUCGUGCGCCCGUGCGACCUCGCGCUCACCCGGGGCGUGCGGGACGGCAAGAAGUGCGUGCGCGUGUACGUGGCGGAGAAGCCGGUGCGCCUCGAGCUGUCGGGCUGCGUGUCGCGCUCCGCCUUCCAGCUGCGCUACUGCGGCGGCUGCACGGACGGGCGCUGCUGCCGGCCCCUGCGCACGCACACGAUCCCCGUCGACUUCGACUGCCCCAACGACGGAGGGCGCGGCGGCGGCGGUGGCGGCGGCGGUGCCGCUGGGGCCGCCACCGGCACCGCCGCGACUGUCACGUGGAACGUCAUGUGGGUUCGGAGCUGCUCGUGCCACUGGGACUGCGUGAACCCCAACGACAUGUUCGCCGAGCUCGGCAACUUCCAGGCGCUCGAGGAGGAGGAGCAGGAGGAGGAAGAGGGGAACGCGCGCGCCAUCGAGAACUAAGCGAGGCUGAGAACGCUUCGAUCCGCCCCCGGUGAUCCGUCGAGAGGGGGAGCAGCGAACGUCGCGUUGUGCGCGCUUUCUCUUGUCGUCACCAGGGCUUCAUUUCUCAACGAAUAUUCCCUCCGGAUCGCUGCCGAUGCAAUUGCAGUGGCUGGCACGUGAUUAGUCGUAGCCAGCUGCUGCGAGGAGAGGCAUACUGGAUGUGGGGCGCCGGCUGUGGAUAGAUUGUCUGGGUCGCCGAUCCAGACAUAUCCAGAUGAAAUGAAGCCCUGGUUAUUGUGGGAGUUACAACAGCUGUUCAAUCUGUUGCGCGACAUCCCAACGUUACCGCAUUUAUCGGGCCCGACGAACGUGUAAUUGUCGAACGUUCAUUUUUUUCCGACACCGCGCCGAUGUCUCGAUCAUUACCGACAGGCCAAACGUGUUUCAGUCACUCGUCAAGAUGUGUGCAUAGUUCACAGCGUACGUGGGGACAACCGUCCGUGGAAGACAAGGUUGCGAAUCGGUGAAGGAGUUUCUGGUUCCGCCGCUAACGUGGCUUCGGCUACGCAUGCUCUCUCACCGCGUGCUGAUGGGAGAAUCGGCCUGUGUCCGGUGAAAAUGCGGCAAUGUUUCCGUCACCGAAGAUGUGGAGGGUGACAUCUCCCACGACGGCGCGUGUCACCCGGUUCAUCAACGCGCGAAUCGCGCUCCGUGUGCGAGAGGCGAGCGGUCGGAGCCGGCGCGUCGUGUCGAGCGAUCGCGUGUUCGACAGCAGCGAUGGCGACUCUGUGUUGGGAUAAUCGUGAUGGUGGCGGUGAUGUCGAUGAUAAUGGCGAUUGUCAAUGAUGAUUGGAUUGUGAAUGUCAGCAGCUGCAACCGACGAGUGGCCUGGUGAUAACAAUGUGGGCGACUGCCUACGAGUUUGUGCCCCGAACAGGGUCGAUGCGUGAGGUGCACUUUGUCGAGAAUUCUUUCUCAAAGAAAGCCAUUUAAAAAAAAAAGUCAAAGUGUCUCCAUGUUCAAGUGAGCGUGGGGUGGUGCUAAUGUCCGUCGGUGGCCUCGAAACAGCCAUGGAAAUUCCACAUUUAUCGUGGGGGAAACGUUUUUCCACCACAUGGCAACUACCACUGCCUCGAAAGCCAUUGUAAGCACUUUAACCCAAAGGGGUUAAUGUUGGAAUCGAAGCGAAAUUGAAAAGGAAUAAAAAAUGUGCAUAAGAUAAUAAGAGGACUUCCGCUCAGCACAACCGCACCCUUCGUAUGUACUGCAUGUGUAUGCAUGUUGAACUUUCUUUCGCACCGUACGUAGCCAACCGUGCUAAUCAGAGUGUGCGGGGUCGGAGGACAACACACCGAACGCAGCUCGCCGUGCGACUCUUCUUCUGCAGCGGAUGCCGACGCCAGCCGGGUCCCACAAGACCUGUCUCCCUGAUGCUCACGCGAUGAAGCAGAGCACAGACUGACGGACGCAGUAGCCCCAGAGUUCUCUCACAGCUCCCCUAUUUGCGUGCCGACUCGGUCCGUGUUCUCCUGUAACGGCGCCGCUAGUCGCCUUCCUGAAGAACACACCGCGUUAUGGAAAAAUCGCAUUUUAAUAAAUAAUUUAGAACACGGGGGCUAGAGCGCCAGUCCUCGAUAAUACGCGCGGUGCGUAACUCAGGCCGAACAUAGACUGAGGUGCGUGGGGUGGCAUCUAGAAGAAUCCAGCAGCAUCCCACGGCCUUGCGCGAUGCUACGCCGAAGCAGCCAUACGGCCGCUUAUUCCUCCUACUCGCGCGACGUAGCUCCGUUCACUCAAUCGCGUUGUAGCCAAAUCGCAUCCGCGUUAUAGAAAAUGUGCUCCCUAAUAAAUUGAAUCGCGUUAUAUCCCAUUCGCGUUAUGAAAACAACAUGCGCCGUUAUAGGAGAGCAGGCUGCACUUGAUUCGCGGUGGGCGUUAUGGUGCCGGGAUGUCUGCUGCUGGUCCAUGAUCCCAGACCCAGGGAUAUCUCACUUGUAAACAACCUCCUGGGGUGGCAUCGCCCUCGUGUGCCACCAAUUGCCGAACGUGGCCAGUGAUUUACGAGACAAGCAUUUUAAAUGAGCGAUGUUGGCAAGUAAUUCACCCACAUUGGCCGCCUAAAUCGGAAACGGCUAAAGUGUUGCUACGUUUGUUGGUACCAAGUUGUGUUCUGUCCCAUGGACUAUUCUACCUGGUAACUGCAGGGCUGAGGUGCUAACUUGUUCCUUUAAUGUACGCUGAUAAUGCCAGCUUGCUUUUCUUGCUUGUGAAUGUUGCAAGGGUUGAAACCAUUGCAUGUUAAGUGUUUUUCCUGCCACAUUGUUCCAACUGAAGAAUGGGGGCAGUGGAGGUGACCAGGUUGGUUUAAAGGUCAGAGUGCUAAGCUAGCACGAUGGAAAUCCUGGCAUUGAAUCCCAGGUUUCAGCCGCCCGUGAUGGAUCUGUGUUCUCAAGUGUGAUGAGUUGAUCAUCUCAGCCUGGUUCAAAAUUACUGCAAAGAAAGAAAAAAAAUAGCCAUCACACAAAAUUAGUAUUCUAUGGGUCUUUCGGUAAAGCCAC